GCUCCGUGGGGCGGCGACAGUGUGUUAAAAGGCAAAAGAGAGCGCGCGUAAGAGAAACCCUCAGUUUACCCGAUGUUAGGUAGGGGAGGCGGGUCGCCCUCUGCCGCUCCGUCUCCUCACCUGUAUGGAUGACCACUACAAUCUCAUUGAUUCCCCCUCAGCCAGCAACAGAGGGACCAACGCCGACAACCACGGGUACGCGGAGACGGAGAAGGACAUCAUGACAGUUGUCGCGUGCGAUAAUAUGCUGGAGGAAACCGCGGCGCUCCCCAGUCACCUGUCGCUGGAUCGAUACGAGCCGGACCACGAGUGCUGCGAGCGAGUGGUCAUCAACAUCUCGGGGCUGCGCUUCGAGACCCAGCUGAAAACUUUCAACCAGUUCCCGGACACAUUGCUCGGGGACCCGAAGAAAAGGAUGCGCUACUUUGACCCGCUCAGAAACGAGUAUUUCUUUGACAGAAACCGACCGAGCUUCGAUGCCAUCCUGUACUACUAUCAGUCCGGGGGGCGCAUUCGGAGACCCGUGAACGUCCCCAUUGACAUCUUCUCGGAGGAAAUUCGCUUUUAUCAACUUGGCGAGGAAGCCAUGGAGAAAUUUCGCGAGGAUGAGGGCUUUAUCAAAGAAGAAGAGCGACCGUUGCCAAACCACGAAUUUCAGAGACAGGUUUGGCUUCUGUUUGAGUACCCAGAGAGCUCUGGUCCUGCCAGGGGCAUUGCUAUUGUGUCUGUUUUGGUCAUUUUGAUUUCUAUUGUUAUUUUCUGUUUGGAAACCCUGCCUGAGUUUAGGGACGACAAGGACCCAGCUACUGUCUCUCCAAUUGUAAAUGGCACUGGCCCUUUUGCAUCCAGCCCUUUCACAGACCCUUUCUUUGUGAUCGAGACCCUUUGCAUCAUCUGGUUCUCUUUUGAACUGCUCGUGCGUUUCUUCGCGUGCCCCAGCAAGGCUACUUUUUCCAAAAACAUCAUGAAUAUCAUUGAUAUCGUGGCUAUUAUUCCUUACUUCAUCACUCUGGGGACGGAGCUGGCCGAGAGGCAAGGCAAUGGCCAGCAAGCCAUGUCACUUGCCAUCCUCCGUGUGAUCCGUCUGGUGAGGGUCUUUCGUAUCUUCAAGCUCUCGCGCCACUCCAAAGGCCUCCAGAUUCUCGGCCAGACUUUAAAAGCCAGCAUGCGGGAGCUGGGACUCCUCAUCUUCUUCCUCUUCAUCGGGGUCAUCUUGUUUUCCAGUGCAGUCUACUUCGCAGAGGCUGACGACCCUAGCUCGAGUUUCAGCAGCAUCCCUGAUGCUUUUUGGUGGGCUGUGGUUACCAUGACUACAGUGGGCUAUGGAGACAUGCAUCCAGUAACCAUCGGAGGCAAAAUUGUAGGUUCUUUGUGCGCCAUCGCUGGCGUAUUGACCAUUGCGCUGCCCGUACCUGUCAUUGUGUCCAAUUUCAAUUACUUUUAUCACCGGGAGACUGACGGGGAAGAGCACGCACAAUACCUCCACGUUGGCAGCUGUCAGCAUCUCAACUCCACAGAAGAUCUGAAACAGACACAGAGCACAUCCUCCCUCAGUAAAUCGGAAUAUAUGGUCAUAGAGGAAGGAAUAAAUAGUGCUUUCAAACAGCCAAACUACUCCAACCAGAACAAUCAAAACUGCGUGAAUAUUAAAAAGAUUUUCACAGACGUGUAAAUCAUGUACAGUGUCAGACAGUCUUACAGUAAUCACCAUGAUGGCAACCAUGCAAAUGUAAUGUGCUGCGUUAUUAGGGUACAACGGGGUUAAAAGCCCCCAUUUGUGGAAUUUUUUUUUUAGCACCCAAAGUAUACAGCAGUUGAAAAAAAUAAAAUAUUUUUACUGAAUAUAGAUGGAGAUAUAAAACUUGUAUAAGGUAAAUGCAACAAUUAAUUUGUUUUUAUUAAACAAAUAAAUAAAUACAAAGGCAGCUAGAGGGGAAAAAUCUGUCACCAUAAGCAAAUACUUUUGAUAUAGCAACUACUUCAGCAAAUCACUAUUUUGAUAUUUUUGCUAUUGCUAUUUUCAGUUUAUUUACUCACAUAAUGGCAUUUCAUGGAGUUGCAAUGUAAGUAAUGUCAGAUUUCACAUUGUAACUAGAACAGUUAAUAUCUAUCCAAAAAAAUUAUUUCCUCCCAGUUACAGAAUACAGUUAGUUGCUCUACCAACAUAACUACAUUUUUGGCUAUUCAACAGGUACUGAAAUCUAAAUCUCUUUUAGCAAAAAUCACAAAUCUGUAAGUCAGUAAAUAAAUAAAAUAGCUGUAAUGAUUUUUAUUAGCUACAUAAAUCUGAAAAACAAAAUCAGACUUUUGACAUUGCACACCGCAUGAAUCAAUACACUUCAGCAGUGCAUAGAGAUAAACAGGUGUUAAGAAAGUACUGGGGUAGUUUUUGUUGCUAUUUAGUGUUUUGGGAGUAUGUAAAUCACAAGGGCCUUUUACCCUGGGGGAUUUUAGAUCCGUUGUACCCUACAUGUUAUGGAAAAGGCAGCAUAUUAAACUAAAAGUAACGCAGGGCGCUAUUUUGGUAGAAAGGUGCCAAACUCCAAUUCACGUGUUGCAUUUGUCCAGAGCAUAAAGGAUAAGGUUCAAGUCAGGGACUAAAAAGAAGAAGCACUCACACUGCAAAUAUUGUGCUCGUAAGUCUGCGUUUGGUAUCAGUGUUAACAUAUAAUCAUCAUAAUACGUGAGUAUUUGCAAUAUCUUACAUUUUGUGGCAAAGUAAAACAACCGAAUAUGUGUUGCUGUUAAUGUGAACAAACUGAAGAUAAUGCUGUGUUGAUCAUAUGUACUUUGUGGAAUAUAUGGGUGAAUCUUCAAUUAGGGGAACUUUCAUGUCACCUAGGGUGAUUUUAAAGAAAAAGAAAAAAAAUGUAAAGAAUAGAUUAAUGCGUCUCUUUAAUUGCUUUUUCCUAAUUUUGAGUGCUGAAAUGUGAUAUUUGCCGGGAAAUUUUACAAGGAACUUAAAAACAAACCAAAAAAGUAUAUAUUUUUUAAUUAAAUUGGUAUUUAUGUGUACAAUUUGCCAAUAUUUUCUAACAAAGAAUUACAGUUUUUAAUAAAUUAACUAAUUUUCAGUUGUUGUUUUUUUUUUUUUUCCACAAAGAAAAUAUUUAAUGGUUAUGAAGUUAUACGUAAUAGAAUAUCAUAAAUAAGAAAUAAGAAGAAAUCAUGACCUUGGAGUAGAUUUCUAUUAGGUGUUAUCACCAAACAUUACUGUUUGUCAAUUUUGAUUCUGAAACAAUCAGUUUCUUGUAUAUUUAUUAAUUAUGUUAAUUAGCUAAUAACUAACUUAAAACCUUUUUUAUGUCAAGGUUAUUAAAUUCAUGUGGUCUGUAUUCCAUGAUAAUUAAUAAAGAUUAAGAUAGAUUAAACAGUUUUCAACAAGUGCCCCGGUUGAAGAAUCACCAAUACAUCUCAGUGCAGACUUCAUUUAAAUGCAAUGAAUGUGAAAAAAAAACAAGCCAAAAAACACAAAAACAGUACGUUUUGUUAGUAAUGUAAUCAAAGCUGUGUCUGUUGAAUCUGACUUGCCUGUAGCAAAUGAAAUUGGUUAAUACUAAACAUACAUCUUUAUAUUGUGUGAUCAAGUUACUCGGUGUGCAAAAAUGUAGUCAUCUCCAGAUUAUGUAAAACUCAAAUCACGUCAAGCCUAAAAAUAGAGCGUUCAGAUUUCCCUCAAAGUGAGACGUCACAUCGGUUCUGAAUACUGAGAGAGAGAAAAAGAGGAAGCAUCUGAAAAAGUGGCUUGGAUCCAGGGGAAAAAGUAUGUUGGAAUCGAUGUCUCCAUGGGAUGAGAGACUACGAGAUGAGAAGCUGAAGACUGAGAGAUCACGCCUUGAAUCCGCCUUUGAUGCAGUCUCCAUGGCGACUACAGUUUCCUGGGAAGCAACAUGGACAUCUGUUCACUUGAAUUCUGGAGUUUGCUGAUGUCAGAUAUAAGGCUAUUUUGACAAACUGAAAUACACCUGUGACAUACUCCAAAACAAUGAAGACAAUGGAAUUCAGAAGGCUCCAGGGGAGAUCCACACAAUGCCUAGGACUGACGACCAAUAGAAACGGAGGCCGUUAACCUUUCUGCUAACAAAACAGAACUGAAUCACCUUCAAACAACACAGAAGAUGCCUGCAUAUCUCUACUGCCACUUCUCAUUUACGUCUGGCGGAAUCACAGUGAACCGCAACACUCUAGAAGUGGACUUUUUUGGGGAAAUUCUACAGGUUCACAUUUAAUACGAAGAAAGCAAUACGAAGAGAACUGAACUGUUGAACUGUUGGACAUGAGCUGAUCGUCUAUGACACAACUGCCCUCAAUCAAGCUGUUUUCUGGUGUCCAUCAUGCAUUUACAGUUUAGCUGUUGUUGUGCCAGAUGUGAGAACUAUGUGGAAACUAAAUCUUUCUUGCUCUUUGACCAUGUAAAUUGUCAAACAGAUAUUUUUUUCUUAUAAUCAUAUGAUGAAAUUAAAAGUCUGAAGCAUUCCAUAUACUCUCCCAAAGGUAUUUAAGCUCUUCAGACACACUUAAAAAUCUGUGAAUGUCACUGCACAAAAUAUUAAACCAUGCACACUUUUCAAGCAAAA